AUGGCCAAGGAUAAGAAGAAAGCGGCAGCAGGAGGCAAGGCUGCAGCCAAAGCCGCAAAAGCUGCCAAGCAAGAGAAGAAGGCAGGCAAAAAAGACAAAAAGGUCGCAUCCAAGACUGCAGAGAUCGAUUCUGAUGCCGAAGACGUCGAUCUCGAUGCCAUUCUAGCACAGUACGCAAAAGAGCAGGAGCAACACCACGCCAUCACUGAGAUAGCGGCUGAGCCGCCAUCAGCACGAACAUCAUGCACCCUCAUCGCCAGCCCAGCCAACGAGAACGAAAUCUUCUUGUUUGGCGGCGAGUACUUCAAUGGAGCUACUGCAAAGUUCUUUAAUGACCUUAUGAUUUACAACAUCAAGCAGGAUGCGUGGAAGCAAGUCACGAGUCCCAACUCGCCACUUCCUCGCUCGGGACAUGCGUGGUGCCGUGCGGCAAACACCAAAGAUAUCUAUCUGUUUGGUGGGGAGUUCAGUUCGCCAAAACAAGGUACCUUUUACCACUACAACGACUUCUGGAAGCUGGACCCGACGAAUAGGGAAUGGACGCGUAUGGAGGGCAAGAGUAAGACGGCUGCACCGCCGGCGCGGAGUGGACAUCGUAUGGUUGGGUUUAAACAGUACAUCAUCUUAUUCGGAGGAUUCCAGGAUACAUCUGCAACGACCAAGUACUUGAACGACUUGUGGAUCUACGACUGUGUGAACUUCUCCUGGCACACGCCAAAACUCCAGGCAGCUCGUGCUGUACCAGAUGCACGAUCGAGCUUCACGUUACUGCCACACGAUCAAGGUGCCGUCAUCUACGGCGGUUACUCGCGCGUCAAGACCCAAGCCGGCGGUAAGCAACAACAGCAAGGCAAAGGAAAGAAGACCAGCAGUGGCGGCCCAGCCUCACGCAUGGUGCUAAAGCCAAAAGUUCACGAAGACACCUGGUUCAUCCGCAUCACGCCUCCCCCCUCGGACCAGGCCUCAACCACACCCCCCACCGUCUCCUGGGAAAAACGCAAGAAACCUGCAAACGCCCCCAACCCGCCCCGCGCCGGCGCCACAAUGGCCUACCACAAGGGCCGCGGCGUUCUCUUCGGCGGCGUCCACGACGUCGAAGAAAGCGAGGAAGGCAUCGACUCUGAAUUCUUCAACCAACUCUUCAUCUGGAACAUUGAGCGAAACCGCUACAUGCCACUUACCCUCCGCCGCCCCAAACUAAACGCAAACAAAAAAGCUGCACAGCAGGCAAACGUCAACCGGCGUGACCGCGGUAAAGCAGCAGAAGAGGAAUUGCUGGCUAACCUCAAAGCCCUCGAGAUGAAGGCUGGUGUACAUUCCGCCGGCGACGCAGAUUCGGAUUCCGACAACGAAAAGGUUAAGCAGGAAGAUGAGGACGAGGAUACUCGUCCUGAAAAACCAAAGAUCUUUGAAUUUCCUCAUCCCCGUUUUAACGCUGCCCUUACUGUGCAAGCGGAUACCUUAUACAUCUACGGCGGCACGUACGAAAAGGGGGACCGGGAAUACACGUUUGACGAGCUGUGGAGUGUGAAUCUGAAUCAUCUAGAUGGAGUAACAGAGAUAUUUAAACGGGAUCUUGAAGACUGGCAGGGCAGCGACGAGGAAGCUGAUUCAGAAGAUGAAGACGACGAGGAAGACUCCGAAUUCGAAGACGAUGAAGACGACGACGACAAAACAUCUAUCUCCACCGCUCCAACCAGCGUCCCUCCUACCCCAACAACCCCUCUCCCCACCGAAGAUCUCACGCCCCAAGAGCUCAUAUCCGCGCUCACAGACACACUGCCGCACCCGCGCCCCUUUGAAUCCCUGCGAGACUUCUACGCCCGCACCUCGGAAGCGUGGCAGUCACUCAUUUUGGAGGAACUUGCUUCAAAAGGUAAGAAUGCUGAGAAAAGCCCCAAGGAGAUUAAGAAAAUGGGCUUCGAACGUGCGGAGGAGAAGUGGUGGGAUUGUAGGGAGGAGAUUCGUGCGUUGGAGGAUGAGCAGGAGGCUGCGGGGAUUGGCGAGGUUGUUAGUUUGGAAGGAAAGGAUGCGGGUGGUGGAGUGGGGAGGAGGAGGUAG